AUGGAUAACGAUACAGAGGAAAGAGAUUUUGCGACUGAAAGUGUUGGAGCGGAAGAAACAAAUGGGUCUCCCAAGGACCCUACAAACGGCGACUCCACCCCUCAAGCAGCGCAUCAACGUCUUGUGUUCACGGACCCGGCGGCCUUCAGAUACCUUGAAGAAGAUCCGUCCACGAUGGUGCUAGAACGGAGACGUCGACUUACAGGCUAUGAGCUCUACGUAGUCGAGCAAUGGGCAUGCUCAAGGGUUCAUCCGACAUUUGUCAUCACCACCUACACAGGCCUCGAGCAAAACUCGGUUGUCGUAGGAGUCUUGAGUGUCCCAACGAACGAGCAAGCUUGGUCACCCCGUCUUCGUGUAUACCUCAAAGCGAUUACAAAAUACCAUGCAAGAAAAAAGGAGACACCUUUGGGAACGCUUAUGGUCACAAAUCUGAGCAGCUUCCCAUCUGCGUUGACGGUCAUCGCGGUGCCAGCUGGAGACAUCAAAAAGCAUAGGGAAGAUUUCAUAGUCAAUGAAAAUAUGAAACGGAUGGGAUGCUCGGGGCGAGCAGGCCUCAGCCUAUCUCCGCCAAUUGGGGCGACGCAGGCCAAAUUCAUGCAACUCUACCAUACAAGUGAUCGCAUUCCGCUAUACAAUGCUGUGAUUGAGCUUGUCAAGCUGUGUCAGGUGGCGCUAUUGCUGUUCGGGAAACUGGCCCCCGAGUAUGCUGAUGGGUUACUUUGUGAUGUUACGGAGCAAGCCAUCAAUGAUUGGUGGACGGAGCUAGGAACCGAGUAUUUUAACAUUGACCCCAGCGAUGGCAUAUUGGGGCCUACUACUGUUGCGGCUCUUCUUGGAAUACUCAUGGGGGCCCGAAACAGGCUCAAUGCUGCUGGAGCACCUGUAGCAAAAGACGUUUUUGACAUUGUCAACACGAAGAGAGGCAUUGCUCACUUCCAGAGGUCUCAGAAAAUGGAACGCACCAGAAGAUUCGAUCGACAGACGCUGGAUAGGCUGCACAGGGUGACUGCGAAAGCUGCUAGUGGGAAGGGUUGGACGGUACCACGAGCAGUCAAGUCUACUGCGGCAGAGCUCAGUGGUAAGGGUGGGGAAUUGGUGCAUGGACGCGAGAAAGCCAGCAUUGCUGAGAUAGAGACUUUGGACAUCGAAACCUUCGUCCAGAUGGGCUCAGGAGAGAGAUUUAAGUGGCUGUGGUAUGGCAAACCGCGGAAGAACAAUGAAGGUGAUGUCUUUAGUAGUCUAGGAGGCGAUGAGGGCAUGAUCCUGAACGAUAACGAGCAGGAUGGAGGCAAGAAGCGCGAUUCUGUUGACGAAGAUACAUCUCUUCGGCACGUCCUCUCUGAUCGUAUCUACCUGAGUCCUUCGAUUGGAUCACACACGAGCAUCGACCAUCCAGAAAAAGACCAGGGCUUGCGGAAAGCCGUUUUCAAAAACGUCAGUGGCAAAGCGACUGACGCUCGCAGUGGCUUGGGACGAAUCAGAGAUGUAGUUGGCAUGAGGGGCCUGCGUGGACAUCAUCACAAGAAUUCCAAAGAUGUUGAAUUCCCUUCUGACGGAGAUAGUCUCAAGGAGAAGCCAAGGACCAGUGUGGAGGAACUUGGGGAACCGGGACUGAAGACACAGGCUUCGUCAAAUCCAAUCGCUCAGCCUGACAGUGGCGAACAGAGCCUAGUAGGCUCUCAGAAAUCGUCUAGAAGCGGGAGCGGCUUUACAGAAGAUAAGCCACGCCGUGAAGAAAGGGAUUCGAAGGAUGGCUUCAAAAAGGUUGUCUAUUCCGCCGAGUUCGACAAAUCUGCUUCGAGUCUCGAGUCGCCGUUUCAUGAUCAGGGUCCUACUGAUAGAUCGGACUACGUGAGCGCAAUGGAAAAUGCCUCCGGCGUACGACGUAGGACUGAAGGGCGUGAGCCGAUUGUCGAUUCGAGAAACGGCUCACUUACGUUCGAGGACUCAGCAGCUAUCAAGAAGAUGCGAGAAUUCGAAGGGCAAUUCUACCCUGCAUCUUCAUCUCCAUUGCGCACUAUAAAGAGCCUUCCCAAGCUUUCAGCGAAUUCUCCAAAGUACUGGGAUCGUCGCUGGCCCCGCCAACUCUCAUUUACAGCAAUGGUGGAUGUCUUGGCCGCGGGCGUUGACAGUACCGCUGAACAUGACAGCAUUGUUGCGAGGAAUGAUGCACACACUGCCCUCUCCUUUCAAAAAAGCUUGGCGGCUCAAGGUCGUGUCCUGGGACAACAGCUUGAAGACUGUGAAACACAGAUAGCAUCUUGGGUCGAGCAGAAGGUCGACCAUAUCCAAGUCUACGAGCAACAAGCUGGCAGUGAUCAAGCUAGGCUUGACCUGAUCUACCAUCAGAAAUUCGAUGAAUACAACGCUCUUCAUGAUGCUUCGGACGAUCUUUUGUCGGAAGAACGAUCGAACCUGACCGACACCGUCAAAGACCUUGAAAAUUUGGGCGCCAAGCUGGAGUAUGAAUUGAGCGCUUUGGAAUCGAAAGUUGAAGAUGUCGAGAAUGGGGUGGCAGACUUUGAGCGCCAGGUCCUCCAGAUUGAAGCGAGAGCAGAAGAGCUUGAUGGACCGGGCGAGGCGAAGGUUUCCUGGGUAGGGUGGUUUCUGGGGAUGGUGAACGUGUAA